AUGAGUGGAAGCACUGACAAUGUCACAAACUUGUGGGAAAACGCUUCCUCGAGGUUGGAUGCGGUCGCGGACGUGUCCCCGAAUAGCUCCGGGGGGAACCACACAGCGGUGGUCCUCAGCCGGGCUAUCCCGCUGGGCUUGGUACUGGGGGCGUUCAUCGUGUUUGCCAUCGCGGGGAAUAUCUUGGUCAUCCUGUCAGUGGUGUGCAACAGGCACCUGCGCACGCCGACCAACUAUUUCAUCAUCAACCUGGCCAUCGCGGACCUGCUCCUGGGCACCAUGGUUCUGCCUGUGUCUGCUACUCUGGAGAUCCUGGACUACUGGGUCUUUGGGCGCGUGUUCUGUGACAUUUGGGCAGCUUUGGAUGUCUUGUGCUGCACCGCGUCCAUCAUGAGCCUGUGCGUCAUCUCCAUUGACCGUUACAUAGGAGUGAGCCACCCGUUGCAGUACCCGGGCAUCGUGACGGAGAAGCGCGCGCUGCUGGCCAUGCUGGGCGUUUGGGUGCUGUCCAUAGUCAUAUCUAUCGGACCGUUGCUCGGCUGGAAGCAGCCGCCGUCUCCGGACGACACCGUGUGCAAAAUCACAGAGGAGCCUUUCUAUGCGCUUUUCUCGUCCCUGGGCUCCUUCUACAUCCCGCUCGUGGUCAUACUGGCCAUGUACUGCCGUGUCUAUAUAGUAGCCAAACGGACUACUAAGAACCUGGAGGCCGGAGUGAUGCGCGAGAGAAUGAACUCUAGUGAGCUCACGUUAAGGAUACACAAAGGCUCGCAGGUCAACGAUGAGACGAGCGCGUCCACAGCCGGGAAGGGGCGCGCGCACCAAGCCAGAAGUUCACUUACUGUCAAACUUCUCAAGUUUUCCCGCGAGAAGAAAGCGGCAAAAACGUUGGGAGUUGUAGUGGGCAUGUUUACGCUUUGCUGGCUGCCUUUCUUCGUCGCUUUGCCAAUAGUUUCUUUUAAACCGGAGCUGCGCCCUCCUGAGGUCCUCUUCAAAGUCAUCUUUUGGCUGGGCUACUUCAACAGUUGCUUGAACCCCAUCAUCUACCCGUGCUACAACCGCGAGUUUAAGCUUGCCUUUAUCCGCAUCCUCCGCUGUCAGUGGCAUCAGAGGAAGCGCCCAGGGUGGAAGGCCUACAACUACCGUUCAUCCAACUUUAGCUCCUCCGGAAACUCUCGAAAAGGAUCUAACGACCACAACUCCAGCUGUUUGAACGGUAGCCAGCGCACCCUGUCCUCCGCCAGCCCCAGUCCCAGCUACUUAAGUAAAGGUCUGGCCCCGUGUCCCGAAGGGGAAGCCCUCUUCCUGUGGGGGCCUAGCACCCCGACCCCAUCCACUCCCAACCUACUCCCCGGGACCCCCACAGACUGUGAGCCUGCGUUGAUAAAACCAGAGGUAAUCCGAGGAAAAACAGACAAUGUGACUGCAAAUGUGUUUUCAUUUUCCUUUGGGAAAUUUCGAGACAAGACUGUGGACAAAGUCUGAGCUUAGCUGUGUUUGUUGAUCAGGUAUAAAACUAUUGAACCAGCGGUCAGAGAUUUGUGUUGUAAAUGGUGACCACUUGUGUAAUAUUCAACCAGCCUAUACCGGUCAUUCAUCAUCUGA